AUGGCGGGACAGCAAUCAAGUUUCGAAUUUGUGAAUGAAAUUCCUAAAAAAGUGAAUAAAACCAGAAAAUCGCGCCCGGCGCGCGUGUUCGCGCCUAAAUUUGUAGUCUCAAAAAAGAGUGCACGACAAAACGCUAGAAGACAGCUUAGUAGUGCCGGGAAACAUGUGUCGAAUUUGCCCAGAGUCCACGGCCACAACUCAAAGAUACCACGACUGGUGAAGGCAAACAAUGAAAAGCAACAACCAUUAUCCGAUGAGCCUGAGGCCGACGAGUUUGCCGGAGACGUGGAGGAGCCCGACAGCGCCGCGGACUCCGGCACCGACGUCGGACUCCUGGACGACAAUGACGGCCCGCAUGAUGGUGGUGGCGAGAUCCAGAGUGGAUUUGGUGACGACGAUCGCAUCUCACCAGUGCCCGAGGUGCCGCCAAAAUUGGUAACAUACCAGUUAAACAAGAUCUCCGCUCUGGGCAUUGCGGACUUAGGGCUGUUAUCCGCCAACGUGAAUCAGCUACACAACCUUCUAGAUUCUUCGAACACCCAGCCGUAUUAUUACUUCAACUUGACCCUAAUCGCCGCUAGCAUUAUUCUGCAAAUCGCUGUGGGCCUCGGCAUCGUCAUGAACAACUUCUACAAAGUCCUUAAAAAGGACACAUACAAAGCGGGCAUUAUCAACGACAUGACCGUGGUGGGUGUGUUUCUGGUCACCGUCUUGAAUUUGUUUAUCACGUCGUUUGGCAUGGCGACUUCGCUCUAGUCGCCGACACGUGACUCCCCACGACAUCUAGCGACUAUAAACUCAAACUUUAAGUCUUAAUUCUCUUUUACCACACUGCUAUUUCACCUAUUGUAUCUCAAUUGUUGCUGAAAAGGUGCUCAUGGUUGGAAAGUUGGAAGUUAAGAGACCACGAGGACGAAACCCCAAAAGAUGGAUUGACCAGAUUUCCAGUGCGUUGAAUGUUUCCAUUAAUACAGCAUUCCAUCAGGCAAAAGACCGAAGCCGGCGGAUAAACAUCACAGUGAAGAUAAUUGAGAGUCACGAUCCUCAAUAAUGAGUAACAAAUCUUAUGUACUUACUUAUGAGCUAUGUUUAAGGUAAAUUAUAUUAUUUUACUCUUAUAAAGUAGUACAAUUUAGAUGUAAUAUGAAUCUCCUCCGACAUUAUCACAAAUAUAUUUAAGUUUAGAAUUAUACGCUCA